AUGUCUGCCUGGCGCGAGUUCAUGUCCUGGAACAAGUACACCCAGAUCGCGUCGCGCGCGGUCCGCACCGCGCUGGCCGAGAGCGAACGCGUCGCUGCCGAGAAGCGUGCGGUCGUUGGCGCCAAGUACCAGAAGUGGGAGAACGGCCAGCCCUCCGAGUCCGAGUACAUCCAGCCCCAGACCAACAAGGACGCCUAA